AACAAAGCCGUCUCGAUCUGCAUCCCGCCAGGCGCUCAGAAACCCUCACCUUCCCAACUCCCGGCCCACCAGGCCGACUACCACUUCGCUUCUUCUCUCCUACCACCAUCAUCCCAGUCUGAAGCAUCAUGUCCUUCAUCAAGCUCAGCAUAUUCGGCACCAAUUUUGAGGUCACCACGCGUUAUGUCGACCUACAGCCAGUGGGAAUGGGCGCCUUUGGGCUCGUCUGUUCCGCAAAGGACCAGCUCUCCGGCUCCUCUGUCGCGAUCAAGAAGAUCAUGAAGCCCUUCAACACCCCUGUCCUCGCGAAGCGCACUUACCGAGAGCUCAAGCUCCUCAAGCACAUCCAGCACGAAAACAUCAUCAGCCUGCUCGAUGUGUUCAUCUCGCCGCUAGAGGACUUGUACUUCGUGACCGAGCUCCUUGGCACGGACUUGCACCGGCUGCUCACCUCAAGACCGCUCGAGAAGCAGUUCAUCCAGUACUUCCUGUACCAGAUUCUGCGCGGUCUCAAAUACGUACACUCGGCGGGCGUCGUUCAUCGCGAUCUCAAGCCGAGCAACAUUCUCAUAAACGAGAAUUGUGACUUGAAGAUCUGUGAUUUCGGCCUCGCACGAAUCCAAGACCCGCAAAUGACUGGCUACGUUUCGACGCGAUACUACCGCGCUCCUGAAAUCAUGUUGACCUGGCAAAAAUACGACGUCGCGGUUGACAUCUGGAGUACCGGUUGCAUCUUUGCAGAGAUGCUCGAGGGCAAGCCAUUGUUCCCGGGCAAGGAUCACGUCAACCAGUUCUCUAUCAUCACCGAGUUGCUGGGUACGCCGCCGGAUGAUGUCAUUGAGACUAUCUGCAGCGAGAACACUCUUCGGUUCGUACAAUCGCUCCCGAAGCGCGAGCGGCAACCGUUCAGCCAGAAGCUGCGGUGUAAUGACCCGGAGGCGCUCGACCUCCUCGAGAAGAUGCUUGUGUUCGACCCGAAGAAGCGCAUCGACGCGACCGAGUCGCUCGCACACCCCUAUGUGUCGCUCUACCACGACCCGACGGACGAGCCGGUCGCGGAGGAGAAGUUCGACUGGAGCUUCAACGACGCAGAUCUGCCAGUAGAUACGUGGAAGGUCAUGAUGUACAGUGAGAUUUUGGACUUUCACACCCCAGGCGCCGAGGAGGGCGACCUCGUGGCCAAGGGCGCGCUCGCCGGCCCCGACUACGCGGCAGAAGAGGAGGGCGCGGCACCCGUCGCAGCGGCGGAGUAGAUCUAUCAUUAUUCUCCGGUAAUGCACGAACCACGGACUUUCUCUCUCGCCCCUUUCUAUCCCCCGCCAGCGCUUGGUUCCCCUUU